AUAGAUUUUUGAAUGUUAAAUCUACUUUCGAUUUAAUGUUUUCUGAAAAUUUUGUUUUAAUCAUGGCGGCUCGGUCUCUGUUGUUUGACAUACUAGAUGACGAGUUUCUUACUUUAGUAGCAACAAACAUUGGAAAUGAGUGGGACUCUUUGUUUAUUAAUCUCGGAUUUAAAAGGAAUAGACUGGAUCAUUUUGCAUAUAAAAAGAACUCUUUAUUGGAAACAGUACUAGAUGGAUUACAUAAUUGGAAGAAAAAACCAUUAACAGACGAGCAUUCAAAAUCAACAUGUAUUAAGGAAAUUCUUGACUUAGUUAUAGAGGGAUUACAAACAAAUAAAUGCAAGGGUAUCGCUGAUGAAAUCCAGUCAACCGUCUCUAGCUCUGACAUCAACCAAAUCAUUGAUCUUCUCAGCGACCAAUUAACAAUGGAUGAGAGACGUCUUGUGUUUAGUUCUCUUAAAAUAACACAUGAAAGUAUUCAAAGAGCAUAUACAUCGAGCCAAUCAUUGAAGGCAGAAACAAAGGCUAUACUGGAUAAUUGGUAUAAAGACUUACAUUUCAAAUACUGGAAAUGUCAAGAGCUUUUCACAGUGUUCAGAAACAGAGGCGAACUGUCUUCAAUAAAGAAUAUCACAGAAAAGUAUAUGAUUUCAGAUGAAUCAAAUGACAACAGAGCAGAAUCAACUGAGAACAGAGCAAAAGCAAGUAAUCAAGGAGGGAAUUCAGUAUUAUCGGUCACUGAACAGAAAAUUAAUUCAAAGAAACGAUUGAUUGACGAGACAUCAGAUGUUAAAGAUUCAGGAGGUGAGAUGAAAAAACCUAAACAUGGCGAUGAUACAGACGAAUCAAAGGAUAAUAGAUUUCAACUUAGUGUUAAAGUUCAUUCAUUAUUAACAUCCACAUCAGAACAAAAAGUUAAUUCAAAACGAUGCGCUGACGAAAUAGUAGAUGUUGAGGAUUCAGCGAGUAACAAUAAAAAACCAAAACACGAAGAAGAUACAGUAAAAGGGGAACCAACUCAGAAUAGUUACAGUGGACUUCGUAAAUACCAAGAAGAGUUAGCAGAGAAUGCACUUCAAGGGAAAAACACAAUAAUUUGUGCAGUGACGAAUGCGGGAAAAACAAUUGUCGCCUUCCAUAUAAUCGAUGAACAUAUGAGACGAAAUCCAAAUGCCAAGGUUGUAUUUAUGGCAAGAACCAAUCCUUUGUUAGAUCAACAAUACAAAAAAGCAUGCGACAUCCUGAAGUAUUUGCAGGAAUCUAACGACAUUAAACAAUUUCUAGUCGGACAAGAAAGCACAGAUGAGUCUGCACGACUGCAGUUCGACAAAGGUCGUCUAUUCUUUAUGACGCCUCAAUUGUUAAUGAAUAAAAUGAAAUUAGAGGAGAAGUUUCCUGUGCCUAUAGAUACAUUUUCCAUGCUAGUUUUGGAUGAAUGCCACCAUGUACAUGGGAAAACACCAUAUAACGAUAUAAUGGCAACUUAUCGGAAAGCAAAACAUGAUGCAAAGGAAAUGAAAUUGCCGCAGAUAGUAGGUUUAACGGCCUCUCCAGGAACAAACAAAGCUAAAGAUGAGUUUUCAGCAAAGGAACACUUGAUGAAGGUCAUGACACAAAUGGAUGUAGUACAUUUGUCUACCGUUCGUAAGCAUAAAGAUAAUCUUCAAGAAUAUACCUCUGAGCCGGAACAAGUUGUAUUACCGAUGAAAAUCAGAACACGAGAUCCAAUACGACGUAGAUUAGAGUUAUCAAUAUCCUAUGUUGAAGAAUUGUUUCAGUCUGAAAAGGUUCAGCAGUUCCUGGAUAUCAAAAUGCAAGACAUACAUGACGUGAAACAAAGCCUACAAAACCCUCCUAUUCAAAAAUUAGAGCAAACAUACGUUCAGUGGAUAACAGAAACUAGACUGAAGGUGGAAAAUGUUUUGAAAAAAGAUGAAUAUGUUCCAAGACUGCUGUUGACAUACUUACGUCAUUUAGAAAUAUAUGCAGAAUGUCUGGAAAUGAAUUCACUUCUUGACACACACGCAGUUGUGGACUUGAUAACCAGAAAGUCGUCACAGGAAUCAAUUCAAAGUAAAAAUGCCAAUACAAUAGAAGAACAAGAAAUUUCGAAAUAUCUAGACGAUGUAUGCGCAAACAUGAGUUCUCUUAAUCCUGAGGAAGUCGAAGAAAAUCCAGAUGUACAGAAAAUUAUCCAUCUUCUACAGACUGAAUAUGAGAAACAGGGAGACAACUCUAGGUUUUUAAUUUUUGUGAAGACGAGAGCUACUGCCAUGUUACUUGCCAAACGACUUGAAAACAUGAAAAAUCUCAACUGUCAAUACUUCACUGGGUCACAGGUUGGACUAGAGGACGGAGGUCUUACCAAACAUAAACAACUGGAAGUGUUAAAUAACUUUAAAUCUGGUGUGCACAAGUGUAUUGUGGCGACUUCAGUAGCCAGCGAAGGAAUUGAUAUACCUGAAUGUAACAUGACGAUAAGAUACCGAUUUACGGCAAAUGAAAUUACAAGUUGCCAAAUGAGAGGUAGAAUUAGAACAGCUGGUGGAAAGGAGUUUAUCAUAGGAUCCGAAAAAGAAAAUUUACGUGAAACCAUUAACAUAGAGAGGAUGGUGUUGAUGAAAAAGGCAGUGAAUGCUGUCAUAGCAAUGACCGAGCAUGAAGUUAGAGAAAAGAUAAAUAGAGGUGAACAACUUCUCUUUCAAUCUGAAGACGUUGAACGGAAGAAAGCGCUUGAAACAAGGAAACAUAAAGUUGUUGCACAAUUCAAAGUAAACUGUAGAAAAUGUUCAAAAGAAAUUGUUGACGGUCAUAAUUUACGAAUACUUAAAAGUUCACUCCACGUCGUGUUUGAUAAUUCUAUCUAUGGACGUAUUACACGCAAGCCAAUAACACACGUUGUAACUGAAGACAUAAAACUGACUGAUAAAGUCUCUGGUGAAUGUGGACAUGAAUGGGGACAUAUAAACCUGUACAAUGACUGUGAAUUAGUUGUCUUGGCUCAGAAGCAUAUCAAAGUAUAUAAUGUGGCAAAACAAGGAUUUAUAAAUAUUAAGAAAUGGAAGGAUGUUCCAUAUAAGAUUGAAACAGUGGAUGAUGAUGACAUACUUGCUUUCAGAGCUAGUCAGCUUCCGACACCAGAAUGACAUAAAUUAAAUAGAAAGGACAGUAACAGUUGUAAAAUUCAUGUUACCUUUCAUGCUUCAAAAAAUUAAAAAGUACUUGUAUUUGCUACAGACUUUAACUUUGGUAAGGAGUUGCACAGUGUGUAGAAUGCAAUCAAGCGAAUAGAAACGGGCAUCACAUUAUGAGCUGGUGACCAUUAGAUUUAAUAUUUCACGCUUUAUUUAGAAAAGUGUUCUUUAUUGCUAUGAUUUGUUUCACAGAAGUGUUUGCUAAACCAAAUUUAGCUACAUGAGUUUCUCUGUAUAUAUAUAUAUAUAUAUAUA